AAACGCAGUCUUGUUGGAAGCGCUCCCCGGUACGGUUGAAUUACGGAUCAGGCGGAUCGGAUUGACUCACUCAAUAAAAACGCGCUGCAAAUGUGUAUUACGGCGUGAAAUAAGUUCCGUCAUCAAAUUUGUCAUCACUAACUGAAUGGAAUGCCAGCGACAUAUUGAAUGCGUUCAGCCAAAAAAGCCAAAAAAGUGUACAUCAGUGAUGUAAAAUCACUCGUGUAAUUUAAAGCGUAAAGAGUGUGUUGUAAUGAGCUUUUCUCUUUUUUUAAGGCCAUAAUACCCGGUGUAAUUCAGUUCCAAAUAGUUUGCUGUUCGUUAGUGCUGGAUUCGAUACGAAAAUAGUUGUCUGCUUUGAUGACAUCGGAGAUACUACUACUCUGGUGACAGUUUGCUCACUUGUUUUUGUUUUGUGUUUUUCUUAUGUGAGAAACGUCAAGUCAGUCAAAAGGUGACCUUCUAAUUAGAUUCGCCCAGUUUGUGAUUCCGGGUGCGCUUCGUGUGGGAAAGCAUUCGUUUGAAGUAAAAGUGAUACGGUACCGUUUUUCUGCCUUGAGCAGCCCCAGCAGGGAAAUGGAUAAGUGUAAACAAACGUGAGGACAAACGCGCACCAUUCGCUUGUUGUGCUAGCCGCUUUCGAAUGAGCCGCUUGUCGGGGAGUGAUUGUGUGUAUCGCCUACGAUGGAGGCGUUGCUUUUGACGCUUUUCCAAGCAUCAUCAUCGUCAUCUACGGUGCUGCAGUAGAAUAUUAGACGCCGGCGUUAAGAGACUUGUGCAGGAAGAAAGAAAUCCGUGUUUGCAGCGAGCAAAAGUGCCCAGUGAUUGAGUGCGAAAGCGAAAGAUUGCCAAUGACGCUCGCCGUUACUCAAUCGAACCGAGCCGGGUAACGAUUAACAGUGCGGGAAGGGGGUUGGAUAUGCGAAUGCCAAACGCCACCGGCUGCAACCGAUCAAACAGGCAAAGAAGAUAUUGCCCGCGAGUCGAGCUGCUCUCGGCCACGGCUGGUUGGAAUUGAUGAGGAAAGCAAACAGAAAUAAUGAAGUGCAAUUUUCGUUACCUGACGCUGCUGGCCGGGCUGGCGGUGGCGUUAUGCUGGCUGGUGCCUGCUGUUCCAGUAGCGCAAGGAUAUAGCAGUGAUCCGCAUCUGUUCGAGAAUAGAGAUGGGUACAUCAUCGGCAAUUAUCUGCAGGCAACGGAUCAGGACAUCCGGGACUUCUUCUGGACCGGUUCCGGCGACGGUCCGAGCGCGGUACUGAAUCCCUUCGAACGGUUCCCAAUCAGCGAGGAUGCCAUCAUCAAGACGGCCACGGUUGUGGCCACCGUGUACAUCGAUCGGAACGGUGGCCCGGACGGGUACGAUGAUCUGUGCAUCUUCGACUGUCCGUCGGUGCCGGGCGCGCGAGGUGAGGACGAACCGGACCGGUUACCGGUGGACGAGAACGACUAUGGGCACACGGUCGAUAACGUUACGCCCACGGACCGACGCUUCUGGCUGAUGACGGUCAUCGGUGGGCUGUACGGACGGCCGGACUAUCCGGCACUGGAGGGCAAACUGGCAAAGCUGUAUCGGGUUGCAUUCGCUCGGCAACAGGCAUUACAUCUCGGCAUCAACGGAAGCACCAACAACCAGCACCAUCACAACAACAAUACACUCGAGCAACAGUCGAUGGGCGAAAACGGCGAACAACCGGUGCACCGGUCCAGGCGCCGUGUGCCGACGACGGACGGCGGAAAUCCUCGGAACGGCGAAGAAGGCUUAGUGGCAGCGCAACAACAAAAGGUUCGACCGAAACCUGAGCUAUCUUCCGGCGGCACACACCCCCCACACCUUGACAGCACUGGCCGGGCGAUGCUGCUGAAUGGAAACGUCAUUGCGUACGAACAGGCCGGGCGGAAACGGCGUCGGGGACGGAAAGCGUCUCUUCACAAAAGAGACACGGCCGGUGUGGUCCGAUUGGUGCAGCUCGAACAGACGGGCAGCAGUAGUGAUGUGCUACCGGUACCGCCGGUAGUGGAAGUCAUCGGAGGACACAACCCACAGGAACAGGAGGGUAGCGGUGCCGGGCACGGUGGCAGUGGAAGCGGGAAUGGUGAAGAUUCCGAAGAACAGUUACGUACGCUGCACGGUGCCGGUCUCGAUGGAGUCCCGGGCCCCGACCGGACGGUGGUUAGGCGCAAUCACGACAAGGAUGCAUACUCGACCGGCCGGCGGAAGGUGCGGAUCCUGAUACACAAUACCACCCACUUGCGGGAGGAGGAUCGAUUGGCAAUGGAUGAUGGCGCUGGUCGGGAAAACAAUCGGUCGAAGAGCAAUCGGGGCAGGUCGGCGGCAGCGGACACGACGAAUCACACGCUGAAUCAAACCGAAAUAAUCUACUCGGUGUUUGUCGGAGGUUUACCGGUGCUGGCAACAACGGCCGCCGAAGAUAUGAAGCUGAUGUCGCAGGACGAGAUGGAGCACGUGCUGGAAACGAUGGUUUACCUCAAAGCUGACCCGUAUCUGAAGGAACCGCAGGCGACACCGUUGAUUCCGUCGACACAGAACGGUAGCGGUAACGUGAUAGCGUUGAUCGGCCAGAACCCAAGCCUGUUUGUGGUGUCGUGCGUUGCGGCCCUGCUGCUAGCCGUGCUGUGCGUGGGACUGUUUCUUCUGGCACGCGGCAAACGGAAGCACAUCGGCGAGAUGAAGAAAUUGGAGUCAACGCAAGCGCUUGUAAUGCCGGGCACGAUAAGCGAAGAGCUGAACGCGCUGAAAACGGGUGAGAGUGGUAGCAGCAGACAUCCGUCCCCUUACACCCGCGAUCCGUCGGCCAGUGUGAGCCUGAUAGCGCAGAAACCCUCCCCAACGAUCCAUUUCCCACUGCCACCGAUGACGCGGCCAACCUCCUCGUCCUCGAGCUAUUCGUCCGACUCGUCCGUGUACUAUCCGAAGCGCAAGCAGAAACAUCAUCACCACCAUCAUCAUCAUCAUCAACAACAACAUCAUUCGCAACAGCAACACGAGCUGCUGGACGAGAAGUCGGUUAAUCUGAGCAAUAAGCUACAGAAACAGUUCCACCUGCAGUCGCUGCUCACCGUGCACGGUGGGCAGGAGAACGUGUACGCCUCGGUCCAGAAGCCGAAGAAGGAAAACAAGCGGCGCCGGAAGUAUUUGGGCGAGAAUCGGGUCGGAUCGUUCGAGGGUGGCGGAGCGACAGGAGCGGUAGGACCGCCCAGGAGUCCACUGACGACGACCACCGCCAGCAGCGCUAGUCCGAGCGAUCGGUCGUACGAUGAUCGCGAGCCAAAGUUGGUGCCGGGCCCGUACGGGCACAGCGAAACCUUCAACACGGACGUGAUCCUGAAGCACUAUCUGAAGCGUAAGCCGCUGGUAGGGUAUGGCGACCAUGGCCAUGGGCUACCGGUGGAGGCACUGAAUCGGGACAAGAUCCGCGUGCUGGAGCAGUGCGGCGGGGGCGGUGGUGGCGUUUCGGUGGAUUCCGGUAGCAUUGGAUCGUACCUGAGUAUGGCUUCGGUGAAGAGUUUCCCAAGAUGCUUCGUGCCGGAACCGUUGAGUCGUGUGCUGGAACCGGUCACCAUGACCCAUCUGGAUCAUUCGGAUGCGUACAUGGAGGGUAUGAAGUCGACGGGGCCCGACACGGCCGCCACUAGUCAGUACAACACGGACACGGAGGUUCACCUGGCAAGAACUCAGAGCGAUGGCGCCGAUCCGGGCGUGGUAGGCCCGAUCGUUUGGCAGAUGCACAAGAAGGAAAUGGAUGAGAUAGCGAGUCCAAUGCGUGAUCCGGUCGUGACGAGGAAUCGCUUCGAGGGUCUGCUGGAGGGUGCCAUCCAGCUGUACACCGAUGGUCCCGAGCGGGAGGAAGAGCAAAAGAACUCGAUCCCACUGCCCGGUGUGAUCCGGCCGGUGGAAAACCGUGGAAAGUCGGCUGUCGUUGUAAGAGAAACGUCCCGCUCUUCGUCAGCCACCAUACGCCCCGUAACGGCCGCACCGGCCCGUAAGCACACGGACGGCACACACGCGUUGGGUAAUCCAGCCUCUCCAACGCCCGGUGGAACGCGUGGUGGCGCUUGGAGUAGUGGCACUCACUCACCACUGGUACGGCCGAUGAGUGCUGGGCCGUUUCACACCCCAUCGGGACCAGUCGGUGGGAUGGAAGUGACGCGCAUUACCGCACCACAAAGUGUUCUUCAAUCGACGGAACUGUCAACGGCUCCGUUGCUGCACAACAUCAUGCAGGAGUUGAAACGGUUCCGUAACGAGCAAUAAGCGAGAAUAAGCAGGAGAUUUCUGUGCUCAGCUGUAAGUCCGAAACUGGCAGAAUAGAGAGAAACUGAACAAAAGAAAAAUAUUGGUGCAGUCGGCGUGGGAUCUACAAAUCGAAUUAAAAAUAUUCUAAUAUCCGAAAUAUGCUGGAAAAUAAAAGUGGUAAAACGGUGUGGAGAAAAAAAAACCCGAAAAAAGAAUUCGUGAACGAAUUACUCCCAAAAUCCCUGGCAAAACAGGGUUGCAACCCAUGGAAAUGCAGCCCGACAGCCCGACCGUACGAGAGGGAACCUGCAAUUUUUCAAAACAUCAUAAAAGUCAUGUUACGGUGUGAAACUGCAAUGGGCGCAAUGGGCGCACAUGCACGGUAAUAAUAUUUUCCAAUUCCCGCGUGUAGCCGCGCACGACUGGCUGCUGCGGAAGCUCGGGCUUCGUUAUCGAUUUGCUGUUGACCCUGUUUGUGGUUCGACCCGGUCCGGAGUCCGGCUGUGCGUGAAAAAAAUAAUCCUUUCGGGUGCUGUUCCAUUUUUUCCCCUUCCUUUAUCCGCACAUUUUUUUCCGGUACCUACCUUCGCCUAGCUUAAGCUCAAUCACUAAGGGGCUUUAGAUAGAUAGGUGGGAUGUGGAAAAGGGUGGAAAAAGAAAAUGGUAAAAAUACGGCACGAUUUAGCCACACAUGAAAAAACGGGACACCUCUUUUUCCGCCAUUGCCCAAUGCUGCUACACUUGUUGCAUUCAAAUUUCACUCGCUGGCAGGAAGUGUGCAUAAAAAAAAUAAUAACACGAACACUGGUGAGGCUAGAGAUUAACGUAUCAUAAAUCAAAAACUAAAGCUGAACGAAGAAGAAAACCAAAAAAAAAAAA